CGUCGGUCCUGCCAUAGCUAGUUAAGUUGUCUGCCUAGCUCACACUCGAUCGCAGCCUCUCUCCAUAGGCACGGCGCGCGCCGGUUAUUUAUAGCCCACCCCCCGCAAGAGAAGAAUCACAAAAACACAGAGAUCGAUCGAUCGAUCGAUCACUCUAGCUAAGACACACACGCAGGAGAUGAUCAUGGCUGCCCUCUUCGUGCUCGGCUGCUUCCUGCAGACCGUCCAGGGCGCACGGGCUGACGCCGACGCGCUCGCGUGGACGCCGGCCUCCCCUUUCCGCGACGAGCUCCGCGACCUCGGCGUCGCCGCGCUGAUCCGCGACGACGCCGAGGCCACCGCGCUCGCGUCCACUGACUUCGGCAACGUGACGGUCGCGCCGGCGGCGGCCGUGCUCUAUCCGUCGUGCCCCGCAGACAUUGCCGCGCUGCUGCGCGCCUCGUGCGCGCGCUCGUCCCCGUUCCCGGUGUCCGCCCGGGGACGCGGCCACUCCGUACGUGGCCAGGCGGCCGCGACCGACGGCGUCGUCGUCGACAUGCCGUCGCUCGGACGCCUCGGCGGAGGCUCCACUGCGUCCCGCCUCUCCGUGUCGGUUGAAGGCCAGUACAUAGACGCCGGCGGCGAACAGCUCUGGGUGGACGUGCUGCACGCCGCCCUCGCGCACGGCCUAACGCCGCGUUCGUGGACCGACUACCUCCACCUCACCGUCGGCGGCACGCUCUCCAACGCCGGCAUCAGCGGCCAGGCCUUCCGCUACGGCCCCCAGAUUUCCAACGUCCAAGAACUGGACGUCAUCACCGGGCUCGGAGAGAUGGUGACGUGUUCGAAGGGGAGGAACUCCGACCUAUUCGACGCCGUGCUGGGCGGGCUUGGGCAGUUCGGCGUCAUAACGCGAGCGCGCAUACCGCUCGUGCCCGCGCCGACGAGGGCGCGCUGGGUGCGCCUCCUGUACACGGGCGCCGCCUCACUCACCGGCGACCAGGAGCAGCUCAUAGACGUCGAGCGUGCCAACGCGCUGUCCGGGCUCAUGGACUACGUCGAGGGCACGGUCCUCGCGGACAAGGGCCUGAUCGGGAGCUGGCGCUCGCCGUCGCCGUCGUCAUCGUCCUUCUGCUCGGAGCCCGACGCCGCAGCGCGCGUCGCCAAGCUCGCCGAGGAGGCAGGCGGCGUCCUCUACUGCCUUGAGGGAGCGCUAUACUACGGCGGAACGGCCGGCGGCGAGCCUGACGUCGAAAAGAGGCUGGAGACGCUACUGCGUGAGCUGCGGUACGAGCGGGGCUUCGCGUCCGUGCAUGACGUGUCUUACGUGGAGUUCCUGGACCGCGUGCGCGACGGCGAGCUCAAGCUCCGCGCCGCCGGUCAAUGGGACGUGCCGCACCCCUGGCUCAUUCUCUUCCUCCCGCGCUCCCGCGUCCUGGACUUCGCCGCCGGCGUCUUCCAUGGCAUCCUCCGCCGCGGCGUCACCGGCGCCAAGGGACCCAUCCUCGUCUACCCCAUGAACCGGAACAGGUGGGACAGCGACUUGUCGGCGGUGUUCCCGGAGGAGGAAGAGAUGUUCUACACGGUGGGAAUCCUCCGGCCGGCCGUGUCCGACGGCGACCUUGGGCGCCUGGAGGAGCAGAACGACGAGAUCUUACGGUUCUGCGAGGAGGCCAGGAUACGGUGCGUGGAGUACCUGUCGUACUACCCCGACCAGGCCGGGUGGGAGAAGAAGCACUUUGGUCCGGCCAAGUGGGCCAGGUUCGUGGAGCGGAAGAGGAAGUAUGAUCCCAAGGCGAUCCUGUCCCGUGGCCAGAGAAUUUUCGCAUCCUCGCUGGCUUGAUCGCGGAGCUGAAUGGCUGAUCCAUCGGUCCCGACUCCCGACUCCCGACCUAGCCAGAGCCUGUUGUUAUCAUGAAAUGUCUAGCUUGCGUGCAUGCAUGGGCCCGUCAGAAGGACCGGUAGAUACAUAUCGAUCGAUCAAAUUAGCUGCUUAUUGCAUGUUAGUAUGUCGAAGUUAAUUAGUAUGUCAUGCAAUCAUGGCAUGGGUGGCGUAUGUUAUACUAGAACAUGUUAUGUCUCGGUAUAUAUUUGGUUUCCAUGCAAGUUAAUCAA